CGAAAAAUCGGUGGCUGAUAAACUGCAAUUGAAAAUGCAACGAUUGUUGCCAGGUUUAGCGUCGAUUUCUCGGCAAUAUUCGGCGAUAAAGAUGUCGAAGCCUUUGGGAACAAGCGAGAGCCAGAAACGCCUCAAUCUCGAUACUUCUGACAUUCUCUCUGCAUCCAUGGCCCAGUCGCAAGCGGCUUCUCUCGUCAACGAGUCUUUGCACGCAGACACGAUUCCUCUGUUGGAUCACACGGCCGAGGAAGUUCCAUCGACCACGCUCGAGGUGUCCACGUCGAGGGUGGAGUCGCAGAUCGUCGCCGACAAGUCGCCAUUGCCGUUCGAGGAGAUCCCUGGCCCGGCGAUUCUGAAGAUUUGGGAGAAGUAUUGGAAAUACGUGCCGCUCCUCGGUACGCAAGUGCUUUCCAGUCUACUAAUCAACAGAUUCACCCAGGGACGACUGACGUGGAAUCGCAACAUCACGCCUUUGAAAUAUUUAUUCAACGAGUACGGUUGUAUCGUGAGAAUCAACGGCCCUCUUGCGGGGGACAUUGUCAUGAUUCACAGACCCGAGCACAUAGCAGAGGUCUUCAAGCAAGAAGGCGAUAUGCCUGUACGAAGUGGCAUCGAUAUUCUGCAACAUUAUCGACUGAACUACCGCAAAUAUCGUCUCGCAGGGCCGUUUUCUGUGCAGGGCACGGAAUGGAUAGAAGUGAGAGAGAAGAUAGAGCAAUUGUUCAAUCGAAUUGCCCCGAGUUUUUUCGGAAAGAUCGACGCGAUCUGCGACGAGCUGAUUGCUAGGAUAUACAAAAUACGGAACAGACAGAACGAAGUACCUGUGAGUUUUCACGAGGACAUGAUACGAUGGGCCAUGGAGUGUUUCUGCGACGUAACGUUGAACAAGCGCCUCGGGUUCUUGGAGCCGGCUGGCUACAAUUCGUCGUCCGAAGCCACUAGAAUUAUCAACGCCUUGGUGACAGCGCACAAGUACCUGUGCAGCUGUGAAACUGGCUUUCAAGUGUGGCGAUUCUUCUUGACACCGUUCGCCAGGAAACUCUUCGAGGCUUGCGACGUACUUGACAAUGUCAUAGGGAAAUACGUCCGUCAAGCUCAAGGCAAGGUUCGAGUUCGAAAAUCUCAAGGAGAGAAGAGCUUAACGACCGACGACAGUUCACCGGUGUUGGAAAGAUUCCUCGUGAACGAAGGCAUUCAUCCAGACGACGUCUGCACGUUGCUGAUGGAUAUGAUCAUGUUGGGCGUUCAAGCGACGGCGAAUUCCGAGGCAUUCGUGUUGUAUCACUUGGCGAAGAACCCACGUACUCAAAGGAAACUCUACGACGAGAUCACUUCUCUCUUGCCAAAUAACGAUUCACCUGUCACGGAGAAAGCGUUAAGAAAUAUGCCGUAUUUAAAAGCUUGCCUUCAAGAAACUUUGAGAUUACACCCAGCCAUCCCUUACAUCACCAGACUGUUACCGAAAACUAUAUCUCUUCAUGGAUACACAAUACCUAAAGGGACAUUCGUUAUCAUGGCAAAUCAAAUUACUUCGCAACGAGAGGAGAACUUUGAGGAUCCAUUAAAAUUCCGGCCAGAAAGAUGGCUGUCCAGUUCUGUAAAAGGAGACACAGACUUCAGUUAUUUACCUUUUGGCCACGGUGUGAGAUCAUGCCUAGGAAAGAAUAUGGCCGAAACGGAAAUGAUGCUUGUGACAGCAAAGCUUAUACGACAAUUCAGAGUUGAAUACGAUUAUGCUGACAUCAAAGACAGUUUUAAGAUGGUGAACGUGCCCAAUAAACCGCUCCGUUUCCGUUUCGAGAAUAGAUAUUAAUCUACUAUGUGGUAGUAAAGUAUCGAUUAUUGCAGAGGAUUGUCGCAAUAGGGGUAUAUUUCAUUUCUUGAAACGUAAUUUAAAGUAUGUAACAGUAUUUGUGAUUUAUCGCUAGUUUUUAUGACAUUCAUUACGUCGAGAGAAAGAGGAAUGUUGUUAGAAAGAAUGUUAGUUUAAUUUAUCAUGUAUUUGAGACUGAUUAUACGUGUACCUUUCAAUGUCAAAGUGCAUAAAGAGCCUGUAAAAUAGAGACUAAAAUACAUCUUCAAAUGCUGUUGCCAAAUUAUUAUUUGAUCACAAAAUUU